AUGCAGACAACGAGAUGCAGUUACCCAGGCCUGGCCUUUCCUGUCAUGAUCAUCUUCUCCCUGUGGCUGCAAACAAGUGCAAACCACACAGGCUACCCUCACCUCAGAGAAGAAACCUGGAGUCCCAUCAGCCAAAACCUCAGUGAGAGUCAGAACAGGACAGAAGCAAGCACAAAUUCUCCUCUGAGCCUCAAUUUCAGCAGCCAAACAACUCCUUCUGAAAUGCAAAGUACCCUGCCAUCCUCCUCUUCCCCUGCCCCAAGUGCAGUUUCCACCACAGGAGGAUUAGAGAAAAGCAAUAAACCCAAGAGCCCAAUGACCAAAGAAACCUGUGAAGACAAUAAGUCUCUCAUACUGAUUUGCUUCAUUAUCAUUGCAGUUCUUGUGCUCAUGUGCAUCUCCCUGUUUCUGUCCACAGUCAUAGCAGCCAACAAAAUCUCCUAUCUGAAAAGAGCCCAGCAGGGCAAACGCAGGCCCAGGAGCAAUGGGGACCUCCUGGCCACCAACAGCCUGUGGCCCACAGCAGCAGGAACGUGGCAGAGGAUGCCCAAGGAGACAAGUGGAACUGAGCUGAUAAUGCAGGAGCUGGUGUCAGGGAGGGAUGCUGUGAACCAAAGGAAAACUGAAGAUGAAACUAUUGAGAAACUCACCAAAGCAGCAGAAAAUGAACAAGAAAGCAAAGAACCAUCCCAGUCACACAAACCCAUCUUAACCAAUUUUGUAGUUGAGAUUUAA